CUCCCAGCUGCCUUCAUGCAAAAGACUUUAAAAGCUCGUGCUUGUUUCCUGGCUGUGCAGACAACAUGGGGUUAGUAACAUUCUUACUCGCCGGAGCUGGAGCAGCCGGUGCUGUAGCAGCAGCUCCGGUUGUGGUUACAGCGCUGGGUUUCACCUCUGCUGGCAUCGCAGCAGGAUCCAUCGCUUCAUCGAUGAUGUCAGCAGCGGCAGUUGCUAAUGGUGGCGGUAUCGCAGCAGGAAGUGUUGUUGCUGUCCUGCAGUCCAUCGGAGCUGCUGGACUUUCUGCCGCUGGCCAGGUUGCCGUGGGGACUGCAGGAGGAUCUGUGGCUGGAGCGCUUGGAUUCAUCUUGCUUUAAACAAAAAAAUAUUUCAUCUCCAUGAAGGAAAAUGAAUACUUUGCUUCUUCACUAAUGUUAGAAGUUCUUUCUGAUGCAUCUACAUGUAGGAAAAUAGUGUCUUGCUGCACUGUUUAAAUCUUCUGCAUCACUAAUAAAAUGAUUUCACUUACAA